CCCUGGUAUCUCUGGGGGCACGGAGGGGCUUUGGGGGCUGCUGGAGGCUCGGGGGUAGAGCAGGAUGCAGCGAGGCAAGGAUGGAACACAGGGAAGUGAGCUCAGAGACGCCAUGUCGGCACUGCGGCCCUGGGCAGGGGGCUCUGGGGGACAGGACCACAGUGCUGAGUGUGGCCUGCCCCACCCAGAGCCCCCUCAGGGCUGCCGCUGCCCCUCUGCCUGUUGUGGCAGGUAGGGGCCGUGCAGAGCCGGGCCCUGCGGUGGGGAACAGCAGCACGGAGCCCCCCGGCACGCCGGCCCCCGGGUGGGGCUGCGCCUGGAGCCCCCCCGAGCAGAGGGGCGAGGAGCCCCUGCGGCUGCCCACCUUCUCUGCGGCCGCCCAGGCGCGCGUGGCCGUCACCUUCGGCCUGUUCGCGCUCUCGGCCGCCUGCAACCUGGCCGUGCUGCGGGCGGUGGGCGGCCGGGGCAGCGGCCGGCGCCCGCACAUCCGCCUGCUGCUGCGGCACCUGGCCGCCGCCGACCUGCUGCUCACCGUGCUGGUCAUGCCGCUCGACGCCAUCUGGAACAUCACGCUGCAGUGGCGGGCGGGCGACCUGGCCUGCCGCCUGCUCAUGUACCUGCGCCUGCUGGCCAUGUACGCCUCGGCCUUCGUCACCGUGGUCAUCAGCCUGGACCGGCAGGCGGCCAUCCUGCGCCCGCUGGCCAUCGCCCGCGCCCGCGCCCGCAACCGCGCCAUGCUGCAGGCGGCCUGGCUGCUCAGCGCGGGGCUGGCCGUGCCGCAGCUGUUCCUGUUCCACACCAUCACCCUGCAGCCCCCGCACAACUUCACGCAGUGCACCACGCGCGGCAGCUUCCCCCGGGCCUGGCACGAGACCCUCUACAACAUGGUGGGCUUUGCCUGCCUCUUCCUGCUGCCCCUGCUCAUCAUGGUCUGCUGCUACGCCCGCAUCCUGCUGGAGAUCUCCCGCCGCAUGGGCUCGGGCCUCUUCUCCUCGCGGGACGCGUCGCUGCGGUGCUCCAGGAACAACAUCCCGCGGGCGCGGCUGCGCAUGCUGCGGAUGAGCCUGGUCAUCGUCUCCUCCUUCAUCCUCUGCUGGACCCCCUACUACCUGCUGGGGCUCUGGCACUGGUUCUGCCCCCGCGCCGUGGAGAAGAGGAUCUCGCCGGCCCUCACCCACGUCCUCUUCAUCUUUGGCCUCUUCAACGCGUGCCUGGACCCCAUCACCUACGGGCUCUUCACCAUCCCGCUCCGGGGGGGCUGGGGCUGCCCAUGCAGGCACGGCCCCCCGGCCCAGCCCCCCUCCCCACCCACGGGCUCCUUCCGCUGCUCAGCCUCCUCCCUGCCGCCCCAGCCGGCGGCCCAGGGGCUGGGCAGGCCCCGAGGGGCUGCCAGGGACCCCUCGUGCCACAGCAGCUCCCUGUGACACCAGCUGGGGGCCGCGGGGCAGGGGGCCUGGCGGCGGGGUCAGCACAGCUCCAUGGGGAUGGAGGCACUGCUGA